GGUUCCUCGGCGGAUUCCUGUUCAAAUGCGGGGAGAGGUUAAUAAGAUUAUUGAGGAAAUGAGAGCUCAAGGAGUAAUUGAGGAAUCUCAGAGCCCUUGGAUGUCUCCCGCAGUUUUGGUUCGGAAAAAGGACGGAAGUUUAAGAUUUUGCGUGGACUAUAGGAAGUUAAAUGAGGUUACUGUGAAAGAUUCUUAUCCUCUCCCCAAAAUUGACGACAUUCUCGAUCAACUUUCAGGUAACAUUUGGUUUUCCACUUUAGAUUUAAAAAGUGGUUAUUGGCAAGUAAAAAUUCGCUCUGAAGAUAAAGAGAAAAUAGCUUUUUCCAUCGGAAAUGGUCUAUGGCAAUUUACAGUGAUGCCUUUUGGCUUGUGUAACGCUCCGGCUACUUUUGAACGGGUAAUAGAAAAAAUUUUACAUGGUUUACUUUAUAAAUUUUGUUUAGUCUAUCUCGAUGACGUUAUUAUUUAUGGAAAAAGUUUUUCGGAAAUGCUUGAAAAUUUGGGGAAGGUUUUUACUCGUUUACGCGAAGUUAAUUUGAAAGUUAAUCCAAAAGAAUGUGUUGUGGCCCUUAUAUGGAUAAAGGGUCACAGAGAUUUAGAAGGACAGUUAGCACGUUGGCUGAAAGAACUUCAGCAAUAUGAAUUUGAGGUUCAUCACCGAAAAGGUUUGAUUCAUAAAAAUGCUGAUGAAUUCUCUAGACGUCUGUGUGAAACGAACGGAUAUGGCUAUUGUUCCAGAGUGGAGGAGAAGAAUGCAAGGGAGAAGGAAAUUACUAUUGCCCAAAUUUCUCUUUCUGAAGGCCUUUUAGAGAAUUGGCGUAAAGAGCAGAGGGAAGAUCCGACCAUCUCUAUCUUUUGCUCAACUAAGGAGGCAGGAAUGCGUCCAGUACGUUCCGAGUUGGUGGACGGAAACGUUUUUGCCCUUAUUUAUUGGAGUUACUGGGACGCUUUGAGCUUGAAGAAUGGGAUUUUGUAUAGAAGGUGGACAGCUCCUGAUCUUAGAUCCAACAUUCUUCAACUAAUUCUUCCUCGGAAGAUGUUGAGGAAUGGUGUCAGAUCUGUAAAGUCUGCAUUUCCAGAAGGGGGUCCUUCGGGAAAAGGGAAAUCUCUCUUACAAGUGUAUAAUGUAAGAGCUCCGUUUGUUCGGGUACAAAUGGAUAUCAUAGGUCCUUUUCCUUCUUCCAGGAAUGGAAAUAAAUAUUUGCUCGUUAUCAUUGACUGUUUCACUACAUGGGUAGAGGCUUUCCCCCUUAAAAACAUAAAGGCAAAGAUUGUGGCGGAAAUUUUUGUUAGUCAGGUGAUCUCCAGGCAUGGAGUUCCUUUAGAGGUUCAUACAGAUCAGGGUAGAAAUUUUGAAUCUAAACUUUUCACGGAACUUAUGUUUCUUCUAGGAAGCAAAAAGACGAGGACUACUGCUCUUCAUCCUCAGUCUAACGAGAAUCAAAAAGAUUGGGAUCGUUGGAUUCCCAUGUUUCUUCUGGCUUAUAGGUCUGCGAAACAUGAGACUACUGGUAUUUCUCCGGCGGAGAUGUAUUUUGCGCGAGAUUUAAAAUUACCUUUGGAUCUUUUUCGAGGGAGUCCUCCGGAAUUUAAUGAGGAUUCGCAAUUUCCUGAAGAUUAUGUGGGAGAUUUAAGAUUAAAAUUAAGGGAAUUACAUGCCGUUGUCAGAAAACAAAUGGACAUCAAAUCUUUUCGUGUGAAAGCUUGGGAGAAAAGAAAAGGGAAAGUCUGGAAAGUCUUGAAUCUGGAAAGUCAAGAAGGCUUAAUUCUGGCGAAGUGUUCUGUUGCUGGGAACUCUACUAGGCGACGAGAAUAA